CUCGCGGUGGGGCUGUGGGUGGGGCCGUGUCCGAGUCCCUGGCUUUCACGCGUGGGGCUCGCCAGCUCCUGGGAGCCGGGUCAGAACACAGGGCCAGGGGCGUCGGAGGGAGUCGCCGCGCGGCUUGCCGCGGGCCCUGGGAGCCGGCGUCCCGCCCUCGGCGGCCUCCGCGUCCGCUGAGGCCAGGCCGCGGGGCCCGCCCGCCCGUCGCCCACUCGCGCCCGCAGAGCCCGCGUCUCCCCCGCACGCCGUCAGCGUCUCCUCUGUCCCCGAGCCCUCUCGCUGGGUGACACUUGCCCCCUCGCUUUCGCCAGGAGGGAGAGAACCCCGUGUGGCUGGAGCGGACUCUCUGCCCCGCUGCCCCUGCCGUCCCGAAAGUUUAACGCAGUGGGGAUGCGUGUCUUCCGUUCCCGGGCCGGUGGCCGUCCCUUCUCGUGUCGCCGUCGCAUUUAGCGACUGGGAUCACAGCAGAGUCUCAGAAGAAAGAAGGAAGCGCCUACAAAACUCCUGCGCGGAGUUGACUUGAGCCGCGCGGGAAGGGCCGUGGACCCGGGAGCUAGGAUGCAGGGCAGCGACCCAGUGUCCACGAUGAGAGUCUCGGAGUGCGAAGGGAGGCUGGAGGCGCUGGCCGCCGCGAGCACCCCGAGCGGCAAGAGCAGCGGCGCGGGCGCGAUCGGCAGCGGCGCGGGCGGCGGCCGAGGAGGCAGCGCCAAGGGCUGGCAGUACAGCGAUCACAUGGAAAACGUGUACGGCUACCUAAUGAAGUACACCAACCUUGUCACCGGGUGGCAGUACAGGUUUUUUGUGCUGAACAAUGAGGCCGGCCUGCUGGAGUACUUCGUGAACGAGCAGUCCAGGAACCAGAAGCCCCGAGGGACCCUGCAGCUGGCGGGUGCCGUCAUCUCGCCCAGCGAUGAGGACUCCCACACCUUCACCGUGAACGCAGCCAGCGGCGAGCAGUAUAAACUCCGAGCCACAGACGCCAAGGAGAGACAGCACUGGGUCAGCCGGCUCCAGAUCUGCACGCAGCACCACACUGAAGCCAUUGGAAAGAAUAACCCUCCUUUGAAGUCAAGGAGCUUCUCGCUUGCAUCAAGUGGGAAUUCUCCCAUUUCCCAGCGGAGGCCGAGUCAGAACGCCAUCUCCUUCCUCAGCGUGGGGCACUCCAAGCUGCAGCCCUCGGGCAGAAGAGCCCACUUACCGCCGGACCGCCUGGUGGAAGUCAGAGAGAUGAUGUCUCAUGCUGAAGGACAGCAGAGAGACUUGAUCAGACGGAUUGAAUGCCUUCCCGCCUCCGGCCUUCUCAGCUCCCUAGACCAAGACCUCCUGAUGCUCAAAGCAACGUCUAUGGCCACGAUGAACUGCUUGAAUGACUGCUUCCACAUCCUGCAACUGCAGCACGCGUCCCACCAGAAGGGCUCACUGCCUGCAGGAACGACAAUCGAGUGGUUAGAACCAAAGAUCCCUCUCUCAAACCAUUACAAAAAUGGAGCCGAGCAGCCCUUCUCCACGGAGCAGGAUAAAGCCGUGGUCCCCGAGGAGCGGUCGGCUGCGGAGUCUGGGCCCAGGACGAGGGAGCCUGAGGACAUAAAGGCGGAGGAGGAAGUGGAGGACACCUGUGACCACAAGGAGGACGACCUGGGGGCCGUGGAGGAGCAGCGCAGCGUCAUCCUGCACCUCCUGUCCCAGCUCAAGCUGGGCAUGGACCUGACGCGGGUGGUGCUCCCCACGUUCAUCCUGGAGAAGCGCUCCCUGCUGGAGAUGUAUGCGGACUUCAUGUCGCAUCCCGACCUGUUCAUAGCCAUCACAAGCGGCGCCUCGGCCGAGGACAGGAUGAUCCGCUUCGUCGAGUACUACCUCACCUCGUUCCACGAAGGCCGGAAGGGCGCCAUCGCCAAGAAGCCCUACAACCCCAUCCUCGGGGAGACAUUCCACUGCUCCUGGCAGGUGCCCAAGAGCAGCCCCGCUGCCCAGCCAGGCGCCCCUCCGCCCGAGGAGCCCACCGACUGCUACACCGUCCGCUUCGUGGCCGAGCAGGUGUCCCACCACCCGCCCGUGUCCGGCUUCUACGCCGAGUGUGCGGAGAGGAGGAUGUGCGUGAACGCGCACGUGUGGACCAGGAGCAAGUUCCUGGGCAUGUCCAUCGGCGUGACCAUGGUGGGCGAGGGGGUCCUCAGCCUGCUGGAGCACGGGGAAGAGUACACCUUCUCCCUGCCCUGCGCGUACGCCCGCUCCAUCCUGACGGUGCCCUGGGUGGAACUGGGCGGCAAAGUCGGCGUCACCUGCGCCAGGACGGGGUACUCGGCCAGCAUCACCUUCCACACCAAGCCAUUCUACGGUGGCAAACUGCACCGGGUCACGGCGGAAGUGAAGCACAAUGCCAGCAGCACCGUGGUGUGCAGGGUGCAGGGCGAGUGGAACAGCGUCCUGGAGUUCACCUACAGCAACGGUGAGACCAAGUGUGUGGACCUGAGCAAGCUGGCGGUGACGAGGAAGAGAGUGAGGCCCCUGGAGAAGCAGGACCCGUUUGAGUCCAGGCGGCUGUGGAAGAACGUGACCGAGGCCCUGAGCCAGGCGGAGAUGGAGCGCGCCACCGAGCACAAGCGCGCGCUGGAGGAGCGGCAGCGGGCGGAGGAGCGGCUGCGCGCCGAGUCCGGCACGCCCUGGAGCACGCGCUACUUCUCCAAGGAGGGAGACGGCUGGGUUUAUCAUAAGCCCCUGUGGAAAGUACUUGCAGCAACACAGCCGGCAGAGUGACAUGCGCUCCCCACGACCCGACCCGACGCGGCUCCUCCGUUCCCCACCCCAACUGAGCAGAGUCGCUGCACUGAGGAGCCACCCCACUGCAGACCUUGGGCGCCAUCAUCCACAGCAAGACCAAAGUGUCACCUUCUUGUGACGCAGCAAUAUCUCAGCCUCCGGGGCCCCGCCUCCCCCCGGCCCUGCUCCUGCCGCCGGGGCCGCCACGCGAGCGACAGCACGGGCGCUGACUUGGGCUCUGGCAGUGACUCAUGAGUCUCUUUCAGUCUGUGCGCUUUCUGGCCAUCACCGGCUGCUCGCUGCUCCCGGGAGCAGCGUGGCAGGAGGAAGCGGCCGGUGGUCGGCCCGGCCUGCCCUCCGUGUCCCCCGAGCCGGCCCGCGCGGGGCUCUCUAACGGCAGUGUUUCCACAGCGGCCGGAACCAAGCCGCGGAGUCUUUUUUUUGAGCAUUUUCAUAUACUUGAAAAGAGCAUUGACUUGAAAAGUUUCAGAACAUUUUUCAGUACCUAGUUUUAUUAACUGUUACACUUGAGACCAUUUUUUAAAUGUGUUCACGUCGAUAGGAUGUGGGCCUUUCUCAAGAACUAAGGCGUUCAAGAAAACAGCUGAUGUUAAAAGCGAGCUGUUACUCGUUCCCGCCCGUCCCGUGCUCGGUGGCAGUCAGUAUUACGGGCACCGGGCGCCUUGCGUCCUCUUACCUCCGCGCCCUCAAAGGGGAAGCGAGCGCCUCUGUGUUGCUGGUGACGGCGAGCCUGCGCCGGUGCGGUGCGUCAGGUGUGCUUUCUCCUGCUGUCAGGGAACCUUAAACAGGGAGGAAAGGUAUGAAGUGGAGAGCUAUCAGGAAGUGGUAUUCAGGUACAGAUCUGUCCUGAUCAGUAUUUCGUUGAGGCUGAAGAAGUGCUGGCAGUUGCAGAGCAGUGCUGACCGCGCUCCAGCGUUUGUCCAUCUCCCGAGGGCCCGUGCACGGUGCUCUCCCUCACCCCCGCGCGACCUGAGCUUCCAGGAGCGGUGCCUUACACGUCCCCCGCCCGCGUGGUCUUCCACCGCGGCCGCGUCCCGCCCUCGCGGCCGGGGAGAGCUGCGUCCGCGCCUCACAGGCGCCAGGCUCUGCCCGGGCACGCUCUUCUCUCUGAGGGCUUCGGACGACGCAAACAGAACAAUAGUUUUUUUCAACCAAUUGUAAAUUAUAAGAAAAGAAUUGGUUUGUGUACAACCAUUUUAAUGAUUCCUUUUGCGUUUUUGCUGUGAAAUGCACUGAAAAAAUCUCAAGAUGAGCUAUCUAUCGUUCAUGUGUUGGGAAAACUGAGGAAUAAUAAAACUAGAGAACAGAG